AUGCCUUUCCUCCACAGAGCACGAAAUAUUAAAAAUAUUAACAAAUGUCAUAAUCUGGUAAACCCUUUUUCGACAACAACAAAAGAUCCGCCAAAGACUCACUCAACCAUUAAUGACGUAAAUAAUAGCGAUGAGGCCUGCUCCUCUCCCUCCGACCAGAAACCAGCGUCAGCCUCGAUUUCAACGAUUAUAACAAACUCCUUCACUCGCGAAAACGACGUUCCCUGGACAGGUGAAGAGGAUUUAAAGACAACAGUCAUACGUAUGAUCUUGGAUAAAUACCCGCCUCUCCGCGUCAAAAGAGAGAGUGUAAAGGAAUAUGUUGAUGCCCAUAGUAAACGACCAUUCGCAACACCAAAUUAUCUACCACAGACGACUGUAUCUACAGAACCGCAUAAAAGUUCAAAGAUCUUGCAAGAGAAAAAAGAGAAAGUUAGAGAAGCCGCGAAAGAAAGACUAGUUAAUGCUCGCGAGGCAGUUAUUGAUUAUGCAUUGCAAAAGAAAUGCGGGGGUAACAAGUCGGGUAGCAGUAACAAUGCGGAUAAAGGUAUGAAGAUGACUGCGUCAGCCACGCCCAAGUUUCCUUCUCGAGGACAGAGCCUAGCACUUUACUCGAUCUCAGGUUGGGGCAACCUAGUUGAGCAACGUAUUCUUGAAUCGAUGGCCCGUGGACAGUUUUCCAGUCUCCCAUAUAAAGGAAAACCUCUGCCGACCGAUUCUAACGAAUCUAAUCCUUGUCUUACUCGUACCGAGUUUUUUAUGAAUCGGCUGAUACAAAAACAGGGUGCUGCUCCCAAUUGGAUCGAAUUACAAAAGGAGAUUGACGCAGAGUUGAAAACAUUUAGGAAACGUGUCAGGGAUAAUUGGGAGAGAAAUGCCAAAGCGCACGGAAAAGAGUUGGGAAAGAGAGAUCGAGAGUGGGAGGAGAAGGAAAGUGAAUAUUUCAGAGUUGCAGUGGAAAGGCUGAACGGACGAUUGAGGAGUUAUAAUAUUAUUGCACCAUCUGUAACUAGAAGACCAUAUUUGAAAAUAGAGAGCGAGUUUGAAAGAGUUGUUAGUGGAUGGGAAGAGGAAAAAUGA